AUGAAUGAGCACGAAGGCUCAUCAGAUCAUCGUAAUGCUAUCACAACAUUUUUUCUUCGGUGUGAGAAAGUUGAGGGCCAAGCACGAAUUGACAGUCAGUUUGUUGCAACCUACUUAAGCGAAAAAUCAUAUUGGAAAUCAAUUUUGAAGCGAUUGCUGUCAGUAAUUUUCUUCUUGUCAUCGAGAGGUCUUGCCUUCCGUGGUUCAAACCAAAUCAUUGGCUCCCCCAAAAACGGUAAUUACCUUGGUUUGCUAGAAAUCAUUGCUGAAUACGACACACUUUUAGCCAAUUACCUUAAAGACUACGGCAAUAAAGGAAAGAGAAAUGUAUCCUAUUUAUCGGCUAAUAUAUGCGAAGAAUUUAUUCAAUUAAUUUUAGAACAAGUGCUGCAGUUUAUUGUGAAGGAAUUAAAGCAAGCAAAGUACUACUCAAUUAUAAUUGAUUCAACACCUGACGUGUCUCGUGUAGAUCAAUUAACACUUAGUUUUCGUUACGUAUUGGAAAAUGGAAAUCCAGUUGAACGUUUUGUUGGUUUUAUACCAAUGUCUGGCCAUUCAGGGGCUGCAAUGAAAGAUUUAGUCAUGGAAACACUUGAAAAGCUCCAGAUUUCUAUUGAAGACUGCCGUGGGCAAUCAUAUGAUAUCGCAUCAAAUAUGUCUGGAAUAUAUAAUGGAUUGCAAGCACUUAUCAAAGAAAGAAACGGCUUAGCAGAGUACGUCCCCUGUGGUUGUCAUUCUUUAAAUCUUGUUGGAGUGUGUGCAGCUGAAUGCAACGGAGCUUGCGUUGAUUUUUUUGGCCUAGUUCAAGAAAUUAACAACUUUUUGUCUGCCUCGACUCACAGCUGGGGGGUUUUAUUAUCACACCUUGAUGGUAAGAAAAUUAAGGUACCAAAGUGCCUUUCGGCAAAGAGAUGGUGUGCUCGGGCAAAUGCUGUUACUGCCCUACGUGAAGAAUAUCCGUUGUUUAAGAAAGUGCUUGAUGAAAUCGCUUGA